AGACCACCAAACAAUGCAUUAUGCUGGGAUGCUAUCUCGUGUAUUGUGUCAAUGGCCAAAAGGCCAGAACGUACCACUGUACGAGAUCUCCCAGCUAUAUAACCUCCCCUCUGGAUACUGGAAACUACACCAUCGCAGCACAUAUCCCGUCGCUCACCCUUUUCAUACGGACUUCUCACAUUUCCUCCUGUCAAUGACGCUGUUACAUUCUGCCGCGCAGAAUGAGGAAGAAACAGGCCCAGUCGACAGUGAGGUUAGCAGAGGGAGUGGUUAUUACUGCGUCAUUGCAUGAGAAUACGAGCUGUAUGCAUAUGGUUCUCUCACAGGACUCCCUUCCCUGUCGUUGUCGUAUACCUGUGGGCUCGAAAUCGAAACCCAAGAGUCCAGUAUGCAUAUGCAUGUUAAAUCCCACUGAUCGGGCUUUGACACUUGCGAUUUUCUCUUUCUCCUUCCGCGACUUGAGUUGUCCUAUGCACCUUCAAAUUCCUUAGAUUCACUUUCUUUCCGUCCU